AUGUCCCAGCGGGUGCCCCCGGGCUGGCACUCGGACAUGCAGCUCCCCGGGAAGCUGCUCCUGUCGGCGGCCGCGCUGCUGCUCCUGUCCCUGGCCUUCAGGUUUUACAGGAACCGCUCUUCUCCCCCGGGAAAAAUCCCCGAGCUGGGCUCUGACGGCCCCGAGGAGGGGGACGGAGCUGCCCCGAGCUCUGGGCGCUCCCCGGGGCCUGGCGAUGCCCGGACAGAGGGGGAUGGAUGUGCCCAGAGCACGGAGCAGGCUCCGGCUGGAGCCGGGAGGAGCAGCAAGGGCAGCACGGGGACCGUCCGGACCCUCAGCGUCACCUCCAACCUGGGGCUGCUGCUGACGGCGAGCGAGGCGGGCUCGGACACCUCCUACCGCUUCUCCUCGGUGGCCAAGAUCCAGGUGGAGGAGAACUUCAUCCCGGAGCGCCGGGACAAGGACGGGGACAGGCCUGGCCUGCGGGGCAAAGUCUACGACUACUUCGUGCAGUCCAUCUCCGAGUCGGUGUCCAGGAGAACCUCACUGCCCUUCGUCCCUGCCGGGACCUCCCGGGGCCGGGCAGAGCCGCAGAGCUCCGGAACCCACGCGGAGAACCCAGCCUUGGAAAUUCCUGAUCCCAACACCCCCGCGGCUCCGCAGGAGGGCACGGAGAGCCCUCCCCAGCAACCUUCUCCCGGCACCCCCGGCAUCUCCUCCGAGCUCCCGCUGCCCUUCGGGGCUCCUGAGCCGUCCCGAGAGCCGCAGCCCGGCCGGGUUCACCUGGGGAACUGCUCCGAGGUUCUGCGCUCGGCCAAGGCGCGGCAGCUGCGGGCCCUGCAGGACUCGGCGCUGCAGGUGAUGAGCCAGCACCUCCUGCAAGUGCUGCGCUCCCCGGACAUCUACGGCCGCCUCAAGGCCGGCGAGCGGGAGCUGCUCCCGGCGCUGCGGAGCCGCGGGCGGCCGCGCCUGGUGGUGGCCGAUGUCCCCCCGGGCCAGCCCGGACACGCCCGCGGCCGCCUCUGCUACUACGACGAGGACGGGGACCGCUGGUGGCAGCUGUGCCAGCUGCCGGCAGAGGUGGCCGGGCGGGGCUGCGCCGUGUGCCCCAUGUUCAAUUACCUGUUCGUGCUGCCCGCCUGGGAGGGCUCGGGCCGGGCUCGGAGCCCCUCCCGCCGCGUGCUCUGCUACGACCCCCUGAGCGACAGCUGGAGCGACAUCUGUCCCCUGCGCCAGGCGCGGCCGCGCUGCCGGCUGGUGGCUCUGGACGGCCACCUCUACGCCAUCGGGGGCGAGUGUUUGGCCACGGUGGAGCGCUACGACCCCCGCAGGGACCGCUGGGCCUUCGUCGCCGCCCUGCCCGGGGACACUUUCGCCGUGGCCCACGCUGCCGCCGCGUGCGACGGCGACAUUUAUGUCACCGGGGGCACCCUGCGCUCGCUGCUGCUGCGCUACGACCCCCGCGGGGACAGCUGGGCCACCGGCCCGGCCUUCGGCGACAAGGACGGGACCGCGGAGCUGGUGAGCGCCCACGGCUUCCUGUACCGCUUCCAGCUGCGGCGCGGCGAUGUCGCCGAUGUGGCCGUGUCGCGAUGCAGCGCCAGCGCGGGGCUGUGGUACCGCUGCUGUGCCAGCCGCCCCCUGGCCGAGCCGGCCGGGCUGAGCUGCGCCGCCCUGGGCGGCCUCAUCCACUGCCUGGGCCGGGGUUUCCAUCUCCGCUUCCUCGCCGAUCCCGUCUCGCCGCGCUUCGGGGCCAAGGAGCUGCGGCCGUUCCCGGAGCCGCACGGGAACCUCCUGCCCGCGGUGCUGGUGCUGCCCGAGGCGGGCGCGGAGCCUCCGCAGCACUGA